AUGUACUCCAUUCUACGCACGUCUAUGCACCGGGCUGCUCCGUCUUUGCGGACCUUUUCGACCACACGCAUGAUGGCCCAGAAGUUCAGGACAGAGAAGGAUACAUUUGGAGAGCUACAGGUUCCUGCAGACGUAUAUUGGGGUGCGCAGACACAGCGAUCUCUACAAAACUUUGACAUUGGUGGUGCUGCCGAGCGGCUCCCUCUUCCGCUCAUAAAAGCCUUUGGCGUUCUCAAAAAAGCUGCAGCAGAAGUAAACGUGACCUAUGGGCUCGAUCCCAAGAUUGGCCAGGCAAUCUCUCAAGCGGCAGACGAGGUCAUUUCUGGCAAGCUCGUUGACCAUUUCCCACUCGUGGUCUUCCAGACUGGAUCUGGGACACAGAGCAACAUGAAUACCAACGAAGUUAUCAGCAAUCGUGCGAUUCAGAUUUUGGGUGGCGAAUUAGGGAGCAAAAAACCAGUUCACCCCAAUGAUCAUGUCAACAUGAGUCAGAGUUCGAAUGAUUCGUUUCCAACGGCUAUGCACAUCGCCGCAGUUACAGAGUUGAGGGAGCAACUGAUCCCUGCAUUGACCGAGCUCCGAGACGCCUUUGCGGCAAAACAAAAGGAGUUUGAGAAUAUUAUCAAAAUUGGACGCACCCAUUUGCAAGAUGCUACGCCUUUGACACUUGGACAAGAGUUUAGCGGCUACGUCCAGCAGCUUACGAACGGCAUUGCCCGCAUACAUGAUGUACUCCCCAGGUUAAGUCUUCUUGCGCAAGGGGGUACGGCAGUUGGAACCGGAUUGAAUACUCGUAAAGGAUUCGACGUCAAGGUCGCCGCCCAAAUUUCCAAGAUCACCGGGCAUCAGUUUGAGACCGCGCCGAAUAAGUUUGAGGCUCUCGCUACACAUGACGCUUUGGUCGAAGCACAUGGUGCCCUCAACACAGUAGCAGUCAGUCUGAUGAAAACUGCCAAUGACAUUCGGUAUCUUGCCUCGGGACCUCGCUUAGUUGUUGAAUCUGAACUUCAUGCAGAGAACGAGCCUGGUAGCAGCAUUAUGCCUGGGAAGGUUAACCCUACCCAAUGCGAGGCGCUUACUAUGGUUGCCGCUCAGGUCAUGGGCAACAACGCUGGCGUUAGCGUAGCUGGAAGUAUGGGUCAGUUCCAGCUCAACGUUUUCAAACCUAUGAUUAUCAAGAACACCUUGCAAAGUAUUCGACUUCUUGCUGACGGAUCCCGCUCUUUCACAAAGAACUGUGUAGUUGGAAUCGAGGCAAACGAGAAGCGAAUCACCCAACUACUGAACGAGAGCUUGAUGCUGGCAACUAUUUUGAAUAGCCACCUUGGAUAUGAUAAUGUCGCCAAAUGCGCCAAAAAAGCUCACAAGGAAGGAACAACAUUGAAGGAAGCAACUGUCGCACUUGGUUUCCUUACGCCAGACGAGUUCGAUGCCAAGGUCCGACCUGAGCUGAUGUUGUACCCAGAUGAUGCAUGA